CAAGCGGGUAGCAACACAAAAAGUGAACAAACUGACACCACUGCCUCCUCGUCUGGCUUCAAAAUGCUGCCAGAGUUCUCUUCUUCGGAGGGGAGCUCCUCGGACCCCGUUAAGAGGCCUGCUCUGCCGGACCCAGACCUGCUAGUCUCACUGCAGGCAGAACCGUCUCAAACCUCACAUCAGGUCCCCUCAACAGAAACGUCACUGAUCGCUGAGAUUGUGCACUCUGACGAUGCUCGAGAAAUCGUGGUUGUGAGGGAGGAAGCUCACGUCAGUGGAGGCUGGUCCAACAUGCAUCUGAAUCAGAAUUACCUCCUACAGCGAGAAGAUGGCAGCGUCUGCAGAGCUGCCAUUGUUAAUGAGCUGUCCACCGGGGAACCAAAGUUGUACGAAGGAGGUGUCCAGGCGAGCAUGGAGCUCGACUCUCAGCCGGUGGAGGUGUACGAGUUCUGUGGUCUGGUGGAGGAGGUUGCUGAGGAAACUGUGUGUGUCGGCAGCAGCAUGCAGAUACCUCACUCUCCGGGAUACGAGGUGAACCUAUUCAAUGCAUUACUGGAAAAUGCAGACGAAGACUUCGAACCAUCUAUUCACGCAGUUAACGAAAACAACACCAUUAUAAUUUCCCAGCAGUCCUUGCCUUCAUCUAGUGACAUGUCCAUAGAAAACACAGGAGUGGCUGCUGUUGGACACCGUUUAGUUUUAAACUCUAACCAAGCUGUUGAAGUGGCACACGCUGGAGAGGUGUGUUUAGUUCAAGUAGCUGCUGUCACAUCGGACUCCUUCACUGUUGAACAGACGGACACCACUACACAAACUGGGACGCACUGUUCACAAGUCAGUGCAGCACAGUCAGACGUAACAGAGGUGAGUGGUUCAGUUCAAACAAUUUCUCCAAAACAGGAAGCAGAAGUAACAGCUGGCUCGUUAUCCCUGUUAUCUCCACUGGUCGCUGAUCAGGACACUGGGACGCAGUCAUGCUCUGCUGUUUCUGUGCACAUUUCUUGUUUGGAAAAUCAGACCCCAGGCUUCACUGUUGUAAGUGCCAUCAAGCCCGAGGUUUGUUCUAAUGACGGAACCAAAGUUUCUCCUCCUUCGGCUCCAUCACAGAAUGCUGCUGCGGCCACAGGAAGCAGACCAGAAGCACUCUGUGCUACUUUUUCCCCCAAUCUUAUAAAUCCAAACCUGCUGCUGCUAAAACCAGGAGAAACUCCUCUCCUAAAACAUCCUUCCUCCCUUUUGGCAAAAGUGUCCAAGAAGCAGAAUGUGGACAGCCAGUUGGCCAAUGCCCACAGCUCUUUGUCUGAGGAGUGCCUUCCACGAACCGUCUCAGCAGCAGACUCUCUAUCUGCAGCUCUUAGCAGCCAGAAAGAUCAGUGCUCUGUCAGUAAAACGCUGACUUCCAUAGACGUUCAGCAGCCUGCUUCGAGUGGCUUCACCUCGCUCCAGUUUGAGCAGACUGCAUCAGUCACCCCAACAGCUUCAACAAGCAACUCCGAGGCCUUAACCUUUAUCAGAAUGCCAACAGAUGAAAAAGACCCUGAUCCUCAAAAUCUUGAAACACCUCCUGAAGCCACCUCACCUGCUGCUCCUCACACCUUUCACAGGCUCCCAGCAUCGGGAAACAAGGAAGAGGAGACGCCGCCUCCUUCCAAUGUAAACGAUAACAGUUACCCCGACGAUGCUGAAGACGAGAGCGACGACAUGGAUCAGGAUGAGAUGAUGGGAGAAAGUGAGGUCCAGGACUCAAUGUCAGGGCAGGUUAGCAGUCCUGAGGAAGAAAGUGACGACGAGCCCGACCCUGACAAAAACGACACUCCCAGCUCUUCACACAAGGUGCGCCAGUGGAUCUCGGAUCGAGUCGCCAUCAAUUCCUCUCCGGCCUCACCUUCCACCUCUUCCUCCUUUGGCUCCUCAUCCACCUCUGACUGGGCAACACGUAGACGGGAGAAAGUCUCGCCUACCAGAGGUUCACACAGCAAGUUUGUUUCUCCUUCCUCUUCCCCACCGGACCAGGCCACAUCUCACCGGUCUCGUGGAGAACGUCACACAGACAUGGCAAAACUGGCGAAACAUGAAGCGGAGAUUGAGCAUCGAACCCAUUCUCUAAAGCGGGAAGGUUUCUGGUCAAUGAAGCGUCUCACCCGUCUGACGGAGCCGCCACGGCCCAAAGUUCACUGGGAUUACCUGUGCGAGGAAAUGCAGUGGCUCUCUGCUGACUUCGCUCAAGAAAGACGGUGGAAAAGAGGCGUGGCAAGAAAGGUGGUACGAAUGGUGAUGCGGCAUCAUGACGAGCUGAGGCAGAAAGAAGAAAAAGCCAAACGAGACGAGCACGCCAAAAUCAGACGAGUUGCUUCUUCUAUUGCAAAGGAAGUCCGGUCGUUCUGGAGCAACGUCGAGAAGGUGGUGCAGUUCAAGCAGCAGUCCAGACUGGAGGAAAAGCGGAAGAAGGCUUUAGACCUUCAGCUAGACUUUAUUGUCGGCCAAACCGAAAAGUACUCGGACCUCCUCAGCAAGUCCCUCGCACCCGCCAGGCCUCUUGAGACCGCCGUGUCUCCGCAGAAAUCAGUGCCUCCUCCCGUCGACGAAGACGACGGAGACUUUGAGCCUCCUUGUGAGGAGGAGGAUGAUGAAGAGACCAUAGAGGUGGAGGAGCAGCAGGAGGGCAAUGAUGCAGAGAGCCAUCAGAGGGAGAUAGAACUGCUGAAGGAGGAGGGCAUGCUGCCUCUGGACCAGCUGCUCAGCACGCUCAAACUGCCGCCUCCAGAGGACUCGGGCUCAGAGGAACAAUGCUCAAAUGAAUCUUCAUCAGCUGAGGAAGAGGAUGAAGACAGAGAAUUCACAGCCAACGAAGAGGACGCUGAGGAUGAGGAGGACACCAUAGCAGCUCAGGAGAAAGUCGAAGGUCAUGUCAAUCAUGCUGAGGAACUUGAUGACUUGGCCAGAGAAGGCGAUAUGAGUCUCGAAGAGCUACUGGAGAAGUACAAAGGAGCGUACGCCUCAGACUUCGAGGCUCCUUCUGCUUCAGACUCUAAAGUGAGUUCUGAUUCGGAGGUGUCUGGGGAUGAGGAGAUGGAGAAUGAAGAAGACGAGCGUGACGUGGAAAGCAGCGCUUCUUCCUCAGAUUCCCCUGGAGACAGUGCAGAGGAAGAUGAGACUGAGGAUGAUGAAGAGGAGAUUGAUGAAGAGUGUGGAGAAGGGAUGGAGCUUUUGCUGAAGGAGGGAGACCACAGCCCUCCUUCCUCCAGCUCACGGCCAAAGAAAGAGAUCAGCCAUAUUGCUGCGACAGCAGAGAGUCUGCAGCCGAAAGGCUACACUCUGGCUACGACCAAGGUAAAAACCCCCAUCCCGUUUCUGCUUCACGGCACGCUACGUGAAUACCAGCACAUCGGGCUGGACUGGCUGGUCACCAUGUUCGAGAAAAAGCUGAACGGGAUCCUCGCCGAUGAGAUGGGUCUGGGUAAAACCAUCCAGACGAUCGCCCUGUUAGCUCACCUCGCCUGUGAGAAAGGGAACUGGGGUCCUCACCUCAUCAUUGUUCCCACCAGCGUGAUGCUAAACUGGGAGAUGGAGCUGAAGCGCUGGUGUCCAGGGUUUAAAAUCCUCACCUACUUUGGCAGUCAGAAGGAGAGAAAGCUGAAGAGACAGGGCUGGACGAAACCUAAUGCUUUCCACGUGUGCAUCACUUCAUACAAGCUGGUUCUGCAGGAUCACCAGGCCUUCAGACGAAAGUCUUGGCGUUAUCUGAUCCUCGACGAGGCUCAGAACAUCAAGAACUUCAAGUCCCAGCGCUGGCAGAGCCUGCUGAACUUCAACAGCCACCGGCGCCUGCUGCUGACGGGAACUCCUUUGCAGAACAGCCUGAUGGAGCUUUGGUCCCUCAUGCACUUCCUCAUGCCGCACGUCUUCCAGUCCCACCGCGAGUUCAAGGAGUGGUUCUCCAACCCGCUCACGGGGAUGAUCGAGGGCAGUCAGGAGUACAACGAGGGCCUGGUCAAGAGGCUCCACAAGGUGCUGAGGCCCUUCCUGCUCAGGAGGAUCAAGGUUGACGUCGAGAAGCAGAUGCCCAAGAAAUACGAGCACGUGGUGCGCUGCCGCCUCUCCAAGAGGCAGAGGUUUCUCUACGACGACUUCAUGGCACAAGCCUCAACCCAGGAAACACUGGCCAGCGGUCACUUCAUGUCUGUGAUAAACAUCCUCAUGCAGCUCCGUAAAGUGUGCAACCACCCCAACCUGUUUGACCCCCGACCCAUCCAGUCUCCCUUCAUUACACAGCCCAUUGUCUUCCAAACCGCCUCUCUGGCGCUGGAUGCGCUGGAGAUUCCUCCUCUGAAGCGCUGCGACGUCUCCAUGUUCGAUCUCGUCGGUUUAGAGAGCCGUGUGUCUCGUUACCAAGCGGACGUGUUCCUGCCGCGUCACAAGGUCGGCCGGCAGCUGAUCCAGGAGAUUAUGGAUUCCCCUGAACCCCCUCCAAGGCCUAAACCGGUUCGCAUGAAGGUCAACAGGAUGUUCCAGCCGCCUCCCAAAGGGGAUAAUCGGUCGGUUCUGCUCAUGAACAAACCCACCUGCUCAGUUCCUCCUGCAGCUCAGACCUCCAAACCUCCUCCAGCCACGGAGGUCACCUCUGCUCCUGCGCCUCCUCCUGCUCCUGCAGUUCAGCAAGCCAAUGUUCCAGCUCAUCAGAGCCCGAACCCCAGCACCGUCAUGCCCCAGAGGGUUUUACUUAGUCCUGACAUGCAAGCAAGGCUGCCUUCCGGUGAGGUGGUGAGCAUCGCUCAGCUGGCUUCUUUAGCAGGCCGGCCGGUGUCGACAUGUCAGGGCAGCAAGCCCGUCACCUUCCAGCUUCAAGGGAACAAACUGACUCUGUCUGGAGCGCAGAUCCACCAAGUCCCAGCAGCAGCGCCACGCCCAGUUCAAGGUAAUGUGAUGCACCUGGUGUCCGGCGGCGUCCAGCAUCACCUCAUCAGCCAGCCGGCCCAGCUGAGUGUUCAGACAACGACCAACACGCACGCUGUGAACACGUCCGCCGCUGCGCCCUGUGCAAACAAGCUGCCGCACAACGCCUCACCUCAAGUCUCUUCGCCCAUGGUGAGCAGCCCCGGAGUCGUGAAGAUCGUCGUGCGUCAGUCAGCAGGCAAGGAGGGCGGGCCCGUGCCCACGCUGGCAGUGGCCCCUUCCCCACGUGUUGCUCCUCAGGCGCUGCCCCUCUCCCCACAUCCUCACGCCAACACCGCCCCUGUGAGGAGCACCGCUUCGCUACAGAUCGCCUCACGCACUCCCGGUCCCGCUACUGCCCACUACACCAUAGCUCCUCCCAGGCACCCGAGCUCAACCCCGAACCAGCCCCCGCAUCCCGUCCUCAAAGUAGUACAGCUGCCUCCACCCUGCACCGAGCAGCCAGCUCCGGUAACUUCCUCUCCGUCUGUGUCCAAAUCUUCAGCUGCACCACGGGACAACAGCAGUACUCAAACACCAGUUUCUACCAAGUCAAAGCCCAGUGCACGUCCAAAACCCAACCCUCCACCCAGGAGGCUCCCCCGCCCACCUCCACGCUCUCCUUUCCACAUGUCAUGGCUGGCCGACGACCUCAAACAGCAGCGCAGCAGCCGACUGGACUUCAUCUUUGGAGUCAACGAGCGUCGCUGCGGGGCGAAACCAGUGUAUGGCCGAGAGGUUUUGGACUUCCUGACUUUUCUUCCCGGUCCUCGUCCAUCUCCAGCAGCUCUGAAGGCUGAGGGGGAGUGGGGUCGCUCGGGACACAGCAGCCGUCUGUACGCUCAGUGGCAUAACAGGGACGACUUCUGGCUUCAGAGUCCUGCUUUAAGAGAGGCCAUCAACAGCCUGGAAGCACGUCUGGAGCUCCUCAGUGAAAUAAUAGAGCGGUUUGUGUUUGCGAUUCCUCCAGUGGAGGCUCCUCUGAUCUCCAUGCACUGCUGCCAUCCUCCUCCAUCUCUGAGCCACAAGCAGGCCGUCUUCUCGUCCACGCUGUCGGCUCAGGUGGCUCCGCUCACCCGCAGCCUCCAUCGCAUUCAGUGCAGCAUGAGGACUCAGUUCCCCGACCUGAGGCUCAUACAGUACGACUGUGGUAAGCUUCAGACUCUCCACACGUUGCUGCGGAAGCUGAAGUCUGGAGGCCACAGAGUUCUGAUCUUCACUCAGAUGACGCGCAUGUUGGACGUGCUGGAGCAGUUCCUCAACUAUCACGGCCACAUCUACCUCCGCCUGGACGGCAGCACCCGAGUGGAGCAGAGACAGGCCCUCAUGGAGCGCUUCAACGCAGAUCGACGCAUCUUCUGCUUCAUCCUGUCGACUCGCAGCGGGGGCGUGGGGGUGAAUCUGACGGGGGCCGACACUGUUGUUUUCUACGACAGCGACUGGAAUCCCACCAUGGACGCACAAGCGCAGGACCGCUGCCACCGCAUCGGCCAGACCCGAGACGUUCACAUCUACAGGUUAAUCAGUGAGCGCACAGUGGAGGAAAACAUUUUAAAGAAAGCCAACCAGAAGAGGAUGUUGGGAGAUAUGGCAAUCGAAGGUGGAAACUUCACCACGGCCUUUUUCAAGGAGCAAACGAUCCGCGAGCUGUUUGAUGUCAAUGAUGGGGAGAAGAGGGAGGUGGCGGUGGAGCUGUCUGUGCCCCAAGCUGGCGAUGACGAAGGCGUCAACAAACAGAGCACCACCAUUCUGGAGCAGGCUCUGUGUCGGGCUGAGGAUGAGGAGGACAUCGUGGCCGCCUCUCAGGCCAAAGCAGAGCAGGUGGCGGAGCUGGCCGAGUUUAACGAGAACAUCCCGCUGGAUGACGGAGGGGAGCAGGAGGAGGUGGAGGAGCUCUCCAAGGCCGAGCAGGAAAUAGCUGCUCUGGUGGAACAGCUCACUCCCAUCGAACGUUACGCCAUGAACUUCCUGGAAGCCUCCUUAGAAGACGUCUGCAAAGAGGAGCUGAAGCAGGCUGAGGAGCAAGUGGAAGCUGCCAGAAAAGGCCUGGACCAGGCCAAGGAGGGGCUCAUGCUCCAUCAUACGUCUGACGAAGAUGGCGACGACUUCCUGUCCACACCAGCUUCCUCUGAGCCUGCUCAGCCAGCUCCCGCCCGUCGUGGACGUAAACCCAAGGACAAGACGCUCACCUCCACGAGGGCCAGCGGUCGACUCUGCGGCGCGGCGCCUGAACUUGAACCCGAGCCUUCGACGCCGAGAGAAGUGCCUGAAAGACUCCGGAGAGGACGAGGAGCCGCUAAAGAUGCUGCUGCCACGUCCCGAACAGAUUCUAAAAGCUGCUCAUCAAACAGACUUCAGGAGGCCUCCAGGUCUUCAAAAGCUGCAUCUCCUGUCAGAGACCAGUCCACAAAAACCAGAACUCAACCGACCCGCUCCCAUCCCGGCCCAGGGCCUGCAUCUCCCGCGAUCUCGCCUCCUGCAGGGAAACCGCCAGGUGAGGAGGAGAAGGAGAGGAGGAUGUCCGAGUCUUCAAUAGACUCGAGCUGUGCAGCAGACCAUCAGAACAAAGACGACAACGGUAAAGACCACAGCCCCAUGUCUCCCCCCUCCACCUCCCGGUCCCCUCGGAAGCGCCAGUCAGCUGACGGUGAGGUGCUCCGGGGCCUGACGGACGACUCCCCCUCAGCCAAAGUCCUGCGGAAGCUUCCAGGGAGGUUGGUCACCGUGGUGGAGGAGAAGGAGCCACGGAAGAGGAGACGCAGAGGAAGUGGAACUGGAGGUUCCUCCGAGGAGGCGACCGCUGAGGAGAACGCUGCUGAUGCUACAGACGAACCAAACAAAGAUAACUCCUCACAAAGCCCCGAUGAAAAGACUAAAGUGACUCCUCAGGACCAAGACUCCUCCCCGAGUUCUCCGCUGCACCCGCAGCCGGCCCGGAGUUACCCUCCAUACUCUCCUCCACAUCUUUCUCCCGACAUGCCCGUCCUCAGGAACCUUCCUGUGCGGCGCAGGCUGGAAACUGAAUCUCGUUUGGCCGCUCAGCUCGGAGAGCAGCAGCUCACGGGUCGAGGAAGAGGAGCGACUCAGCCGAAGAAAACCGACACAACGCCGGCCAAAGACGCCACCGCAGCUUCCACAGAGUCCAAUUCUCUUCCUACGCCUUUAAAAAGAAAGAGGGGCCGGCCCCCUAAGGUUGUUACCGUGGUUACUGAGCACGACAGUAAAAUGACUCCGCCCACUUCACUGUGUGAGGAUGGGAUCCCACCUCAGUCCCCAAAACGAAAGCGGGGUCGUCCCCGUAAGGACUCCACAAUCACAGCAGACACCGUCAGUGAGACACAGAGUUCUGGUACCAACACAGAACCCAAAGUCCUGCCAGAGGUCCCAACAGGUCGGGACUCUGAGCUCACCAGAACAGAGGAAACGCCAGCCGAGGCUUCAGCUCCUGCUCCAGGUCAGACCUCUGUGACAAACACUGAUCAAACCUCUACAUCAGCCGAACCUGAACCUGUCUCUGCCUCUACAUCAGCUCUACAUCAGCUGAACCUGUUCCUGUCUCUGCUUCUACAUCAGCUGAACCUGUUCCUGCCUCUGCCUCUACAUCUGCCGAACCUGUUCUUGCCUCUGCCUCUACAUCAGCCGAACCUGUUCUUGUCUCUGCCUCUACAUCAGCUGAACCUGAACCAGUUCCCGUCUCUGCCUCUACAUCGGCAUCCACCCAUGUUUAUUCUGCUUCGGAUCCAAGUGUGGACCCACCUCACGCCCCACAGCCCUCGGCUCCAUCCAUCUCAUCAUCCUCUGAGACACAAGCAUCCAUUAAAUCCACAGCGGCAGCAGAGCCGAACCCCUCGUCUGUUUCUACAACCGUGAAAUCAACAGAACCGGACUCUGACAAACCCAGAACAGAAGCUGGGUCACCCCCCCCAGCAGAGAAGACUCUUCCACCAUCAGCAUCGACCGGAACAGCCGCUACAACUGUGUCACAAACAGAAGGUGCUGCCACUGCAGGUCCUGCUGCACCAGCUGUAACCUCCACUCCACCUGCAGGCCAGGAGGAAGUAGCUGCAAUGAACCCGACUCUGACUCCAGAACAAACGGCCCAGACAAGUCCAUUAAACUCCAGCCCAUCGAGGUCUGCUGCACCACCUGAGACAGCAGCUACACCCUCUGCUCAAACUCUGACCUCAGUCCUGAUCCAGUCGGUCUCACCACGAGCUCCGGUAACAUCCGGGCCUGAAAAGUCUCCAGAAACAUCUGCUGCUCCACCCAGUCCAGCCACAACAUCUGCAGAGGAAAACACAGCAGCAGCUGCACCACCCCCAACAGAAGAAGUCAACAGAACUUCUUCUACCCCCACCACAGCUGCAGAGAUGACCGUCAAGACCCCAACAGUUUCUACAGAACCUGCUUUGACAUCCGGAACUACUCCAUCAACCCCGGAACUUCCAGCUGCUGCUCCAUCCUUCACAGACACACAAACCACUGCAGAUGUUUCCACCCAGCAACAGAACUCACCGUCCACUGGUGUUUCUGAAGAAACCACAGAACCAGCUCACACCGAGUCUCCACCAAGGUCCGCUGCACCUGCCGAUUCUUCGGAGAAAACAUCAGCGCAGAAACGUGUCUCUGGUGCAGAAAUGGACGUAGAUUCUGUGGAAAGAUCCAGCAAGGAGGAGGAAGAGAAGCAGGAAGUCGAGGAGUCGCAGCCUAAAAGAAGACGAGUGGAGAGUUCCUCUGAGACCAAAGAGCCUGGGACGGACAGAGGAGAAACAAAAACCGCUCCUCAGAAAGAGGAAGCCACUGAAGAUCAGAAAAAGUCCCUCCAUCGGCAGAGCAGUCAGGAGUCGGUGCGCUCUUCUUCAUCUGAGAGCUCCUCUUCAACCCUCACGCGAAAGGCUCACCAUAAGAGGACUUACGAGAAUCGACAUCCUGCCAAGAGGAGGCGGACAGAGGUCACAUCUGGAGGAGGGCCAGAGGAGCAGGACAAGAAGAAAAGUGUAGAGAAGGAGCCUGACGCCGCUUCGUCUCGCAGGAGGAGCUCGAGGUCCUCCUCUUCCUCCUCCGACUCGGACAGCAGCGAGAGCAGGAAGCGUCUGACGCGCUCGGCCCAGCGCCGGCUGCAGGAUCAGGAGAAGGAACUGGGCAGCAAGGACAGGAAGAGAGAGAAACCAGCGCGUGGUUCAGACAGGAACGCCUCCAACAACGCCAACGCGUCCACGGGGGGAGAGUCGGGCAGCGACACGUCUUCUGUUCGAGUCACGAGGAAGUCCGCCGCGUCGCAGGACACCAAGCCUCAGACCAACAGCGCACCGCCUCUGCCUCCUGAGCCGGAGGUUCUGGGGAAACGGUGCUCGGCUCUGAACGCAGCAGCCAAGCUCCUGGCCAUGAAAGGCAGGGUGGACACUCCGGGACACACAACUCGGAAAGACCCGGGAGCAAAGGUCGCCUCUGAGAAGAACCAAAAACCUAAAAGUGUCGCCUCUCCUCAGAGUAAUUCUGUAACUCCAAGUAACAAUAAAAACAGGAGCGGCAAACCAGCGCCGGAUCAGCCGAGCCGCUCUGCACCCCGCUCCACCAGGCAGUGCCCCGGAGCCCUGGUUCCUCCGCUGGAGGUGGAGUACAGGAGGCCCAAACCCGAGGACGCGGACGGCGUCGGCAAGAAGGCGUCAAAAGGAAAGGAAGCCGAGGCGGAGACCCGGUCUUCGUCGCGGGGCCACAGCGCCUGCAGCAGCAUGAGCAGCGACGGCGAGGGGGACUGCGGCGGGCGCAGCAGCCGAAGUCGCAGCAGCAGCAACAGCAGCCAGAGAACUCGCAGCAUCAGCUCCCAGAACACGGGGCGCCGGGGUUCCCGCACCGCCUCCUCCGGCAGCGACCGCAGCGCCGAGCGGACGAAGAGCGGCGGCAAGAAGCAGAGCCGAAAGGACGGCAGGUGUCAGAAGCCCCCGCAGGACAUCGUGACCAGCAGCUCCGGAACCGAGGGGACGCCGGACAGGGUGCUGCGGAGCGUCGCGGCGCUCGCAGCGGUGCAGGCGCGCUCCCCAGCCGCGAGCACCCGCUCCUCCUCCAACCAACAACGCAACAAGACAUGAUCAGUGCCAAAGAUUAAACCAAGACGAGCGCGUUGCAGAGCUCGAUACGAGACCGUCCUCUGCUGCAGGAGUCCGACGUGGAGCUGGUCUCCUCACCAGCUCAGGCUGCUGGGUGGAGGCCCCGAGGUGCUGCACGGACCGUAAAAACAGGUGGUGCCAGAGCCCGAGAGUCACCAGAACCUUUCACAUCAAGUACUGUAAUACCAGGCGGGACUUCGUGUGAAAACUCACGACCGUGAUGAGUUGGAGGUUUUAGAGUCUGUCAGCCGCCCCGACUAUCGUUUCAUGUGGUCGGUCGACAAGUUGUGCACAUUUAUUAUUUCUUCCAGGGUUUUAGGAAGAGAACAGGUGUCGGCGUGCUGGAGCCCCUUGAGUGUCCACAUCUUUUUCUGCGUAUUGGAUUUAAUCACAAAUCCAGCCUUGCAUUUCUCAUUUUGCACAAAAAGUGGCCCUUUCCCUUUUUUUGAGUUCCUUUUCGGUGCAGUGAUACGUUUGUACAUCAGUUCGUUGGUUCUCGGUGUCUUGCAGUGUAUCGCUACAGUUUGGGGAAACAAAGGAUUAACUGAACUUGAAAAUUGUCUCCGGAGACGUUAAAUCUUUUCUCUGAACCUUCCCCAGACGGUUUAACGCUAAACAUAUUAAACAAAACGGGGCGGUGAGUGCCUGAACGGGUUUGCCUUGUGGAACACCAGACAAAACACAUCCUGUUCAUCAGUGCUAAAUUAUUUUUCUGUUGUCACCUUGUAAAAAUAAAUAAAUAAAAUACUUGGAAUAAAUGUGAAUAAAAUAAGUGA